AGCUCCCCGGGGGCCGCCAAGGAAAGCGAAAGCGGCGCGCGGAGUAAGCGAGCCCCUUCCACGUGCCGCGACCCGAAGCGCCGCCCCGUCGCCGGCCGAGGGGGCAGGAAGGCGGCGCGGCCGGCCGCCAGUCCGAGGAGAAGCGGGCGCCCGUCCUGCCGCCGCAACUCAGCCGAGUUCUCCGACGCGCAGGGCCAGCCAUGGGGGAAAACAAUUUGAAGCGGUGUCAGGGGGAGGCUGAGCAGGUGACAGAGAUCAUGCUGGAGAACUACAACAAAGUGCUGGACCGUGAGGGCAAGCUCAGCAAGCUGGAUGAAAGGGCAGAUGAACUUCGCAACCAGAGUGCUGCCUUCUCCAAGACAACAGGCACAGUGGCUCGACAGAUGCGCUGGAAGAACAUGAAAUGGAAGGUCAUCCUUGUGGGCGUGGUCGCGGGAGUCAUCAUCCUCAUCCUGGCUAUAGUUCUUUACUUCACCCUCCCCAGUUCUGCAAACAUGGACACCCCAGCAAAGGCUGGUGGUGGGCCCUGAGUGGCUUAGUGGGACAACUCCCAGAUCAUCUG